AUGCUGCUUUCAUUGAACGAACAGGCUAAUAGUAGAAAAUCACGUCUAGCGAAGUUGAGGGAGAAUAGGAAGGUUGAGGAUGUGACUAAUGGCGAUGUGUUAUCUCAAUCAACUCUCGACCAUAGUCCUAAUCAUGAUACACAAGUCAAUUCUGCUGGACUAGAAGAAGAAUAUAUACAUAAUACGAAUACCAGCCAUAUACGAUCUCGUAAUUUUGACUUAGACACAAGAGAAGCGGUUUCUGGAUUAAAGAAUCCCCCAACAUUGGCCCUAUCUAAUAAUGAGACCGUCGAGGUAUUAGCAUCGCAAAUACAACGGGAAAUCCUACAGGACAUAAGUCAAAAGGCUGAUAAGGUGUCCAAAUACCUGGAUGACACCGCUUCGUUGGAAGGGCAUGAAUCGACCCAUAACAAGGAUUUGAAGGCAGACCUAGCAUAUUAUAUUAACAAAGCAGAUACAAAAACAAAUCAAGCAAUAAAUAGGAUAUUACAGACAAAGUAUCAAAACUCUAUAUACUAG